AUGGCUCCCACUCUUAACAUCACCCACAUCGGCACAGCCACAGCCAUCCUCGAGAUCAACGGCGUCAACUUCCUGACAGACCCUUUCUUUUCUCCAGCCGGUACCACCUGGGACCUGGGCAUUGCAGUCCUGAAAGUGACAGAAGACCCUGCCCUCCGCCUCAACCAACUCCCCGUGAUAGACGCCGUACUUCUAAGCCACGAAGAUCACCCCGACAACCUAGACGACCUGGGCCGUCAACUCCUAGACGGACGCCGCGUCUUCACCACCGUCGACGGGGCUAAGAAUCUCGCCCCUCGUCCCGCCGUGCACGGCAUGAAGCCCUGGGAAGAAAUUGACAGCAUUAUCGCCGGCAAGAAAUUCAAGAUAAUUGCAACCCCGACCAAGCACGUCCCUGGAGACGAAUGCACCGGCUUCAUUAUCACCGGAGAAGACUUUGGACAUCACCAUGACGGUCUCCCCAACGCAAUCUACUUUACGGGUGAUACUGUCUAUAUCGAAGAAUUGGACUCUAUCGCGGAUCGAUAUCACGUCUGUGCUGCUGUGAUGAACUUGGGGAAUGCUCAUGCUCCUAACAAGGAGGAUCCGAAUGGUCCACUCAUGCAGAUUACCAUGGGUGGCAAGGAUGGUGCUAGGUUAUUCCGUGCCCUUAAGGCCGAUGUUCUUGUUCCGAUGCACUAUGAAUCUUGGGGGCAUUUUACUCAGUUUGGGGAUGAGCUGCGUCAGGCUUUUGAGGAUGAGGGUAUCAGUGAUAAGGUCUGUUGGUUGAAGGGAGGCGAGGAGGUUUCGGUUCUUUAG